AUGAAGCUGCUCUCAACGCUUGCCCGAUGCAGUCUCCAGGACGCACAAGACUCUGCUCAUCUAUACAUGUUUCAGCUUCCAGUUGCAAGAUACAUUGCCGCUCAGAUGGCCAAUGCCGUAGCAUACAUUCACAGCCGAGGCUUGGUCCAUGGUGACCUUCACCUGGGGAACUAUCUUCUCCGCUUGCCAUCCACUCUCGACAAUCUUCCAGAUCAGCAGAUAUACGAGAAAUUUGGUCCACCAAAACCUGAGCCUAUCGUACGAGAAGACGGGCAACCUCUUCCACCAGGUGUCCCUAACCACGUCUACUGGCCGAUUUGGAUGGCCAAGGCAAGCGACGAGCUUAGGCUAUCUGAGUCAAAGAUCCUCCUCGCCGACUUCGGCACAGCAUUCUAUCCAGACCGAAAGUCGAGAUUCGGGUCUUCUACGCCUCUUGACAUAUGCCCUCCAGAGGCACGUUUCGAGCCAACGACGCCACUGUCCUUCUCCGCUGAUAUUUGGACUCUGGCUCAUGCCAUCUGGGCAGUGAUGGGACUAAGGACCAUCUUCGGUAGCUUCUUGCUUAGUGAGGAUGAUGUUACUCAAGAACAGGAUACCCUCGGACGCUUACCUGAUGAAUGGUGGAGCAAAUGGGAUGCGAGAUCUCGGUGGUUUAUGGAAGAUGGAAGCCAAAAGAAUGGUAGACGUACAGAGAACUUGAAGGUGCGGUUUAAGUCAAGUAUUCAGGACCCAAGACGCAAGUAUAACAUGGAUAUUCUGGGUGAGAAGGAAAGUCACGCUUUUGAAGAAAUGAUACGGUGGAUGCUAUCCUACCGCCGUGGCGAUCGACCAACUGCAGAGCAGCUUUUAAAUACAGAGUGGAUGAAAUGCUGGACAAUACCCGAAUUUGAGAACAUACACAAGUAG